ACAUCCAUCUGUGUGAAAACCUCAUUAAUUCGUUCAAAGUUUGGAUAUUAGUCCAAAAGCAUAGAACGGACUGGUGGCAUUUAAAUAAUCUUUCCAAGAGUUUAUUACUUGCAGAAAUUUCGUUAUGCACUCAAUUACUUCCAUAACAGCCAUAACAUAAUUUAAUUCGCCAAUUGUUUGAGAUUGAUAAAUAUACUUUGCCAACAAUUUGAAAUCCACCGUCUUGGUCACUGAAGCUUGAGCAGUAUUUGUGUCUGAUAAGAAUUGACAAUGUCGGAUCACUUUGGACCAAUAGCGUUAAAAUGGGAUCCCAAAAAUUUGGAGAUUCGUACAAUGUCGGUGGAAAAGACUUUGGAGCCAUUGGUUCUGCAAGUCACUACACUGGUCAAUACCAAAGGACCGAGCAAAAAAAAGAAGGGUAAAUCCAAGCGAGCUAGUGCAUUGGUUGGCACAGUUGAAAAAGCUACAACUAACUUCAUAGAGAAAGGGGAACAAAUUGCAUAUGAAAAUCCUGACAUCACUGCUGAAAUGCUCAGUGCUGUUGAAGAAGUGAGGAAAACAGGGGCUGCAAUGAGUAUUGCUGCUCGAGAGUUUUCAGAAGAUCCUUGUUCCUCGCUGAAGCGAGGUAACAUGGUACGUGCAGCUAGGAAUCUUCUGUCUGCUGUGACACGUUUACUGAUUUUGGCAGAUAUGGUCGAUGUACAUUUGCUUUUGAAAUCACUACAUGUAGUCGAAGAUGACUUGGAAAAAUUGAAAAAUGCUUCCUCACAAGGCGAAUUGUUGGAGAACAUAAAACAAUUUGGUAGAAACGCUUCAGAGCUCAUGAAUCAGGCUGCAAAACGUCAGCAAGAACUAAAAGACCCACAGCUUCGCGAUGACCUAGCAGCUGCCAGAGCCGUUCUCAAAAAACAUUCAACGAUGUUAUUAACAGCAUCUAAAGUAUACGUUCGGCACCCAGAACUGGCUGCUGCUAAAGCAAAUAGAGAUUAUGUUUUGAAACAAGUCUGCGAAGCCGUUAAUACUAUAAACGACGUCGCACAAGGCAAAACACCAACUGAUGGUCAGCAUCCCUAUGACGGACCUGGAGAACUAGCAGCUGCUUUAGAUGAUUUUGAUGAAAGAAUGGUGAUGUCACCACUAGCUUAUAACGAAGUUCGCACCCGUCCUAGUCUGGAGGAACGAUUGGAAAGUAUUAUUAGUGGAGCAGCUCUUAUGGCCGAUUCAUCUUGUACCAGAGAUGAACGUAGGGAACGCAUCGUGGCUGAAUGUAACGCCGUCAGACAAGCAUUACAAGACCUGCUCAGCGAAUACAUGAAUAAUUUACAGCUCGCUCGGGGUGGGAAACGGAUGGGUGUGAAAGAACAAACUGAAGGAUUGGAACGAGCGAUCGAUCACAUGUGUAGAAAGACUCGCGACUUACGCAGACAAUUACGCAAAGCUGUCGUCGAUCAUGUUUCGGACAGUUUUCUUGAAACGAGCGUUCCAUUACUAGUGCUUAUUGAAGCAGCUCGAAACGGUCGGGACAAAGAGGUCGAAGAGUACGCACUGGUUUUUACAGAGCAUGCAAAUAAGCUGGUUGAGGUCGCUAACUUGGUCUGCAGUAUGUCAGGGAAUGAAGAUGGCGUGAAAAUGGUUCGUUACGCAGCAGCGCAAAUUGAAAACCUUUGCCCACAAGUAAUUAAUGCGGCACGCGUACUCGCAGCUCGUCCUCGCUCCAAAGUAGCUCUUGACAAUAUGGAGGUGUUUCGACAAGCUUGGGAAAAUCAAGUCCGAGUAUUAACAGAAGCGGUCGAUGAUAUUACAACUAUCGAUGACUUUUUGGCAGUUUCUGAAAACCAUAUUCUAGAAGAUGUAAAUAAAUGCGUUCUUGCUCUGCAAGAAGGAGAUGCAGAUACUCUAGACAGAACGGCAGGAGCUAUCAGAGGAAGAUCUGCUAGAGUAUGUAACGUGGUUCAAGCAGAAAUGGAUAACUACGAACCUUGCAUUUAUACAAAGAGAGUUCUUGAAGCAGUUAAAGUUUUGCGUGAACAAGUUAUGCCAAAGUUUGCACAAAGAGUGGAAGUAGCAGUUGAUGCUCUUGGAAGUAAUCCAGCAAAGGAUGUUGAUGAAAAUGAUUUCAUCGAUGCUUCUAGACUUGUUUACGAUGGUGUUAGGGAAAUCAGACGUGCUGUAUUGAUGAAUCGAGCCGACGAAGAUCUUGAUCCAGAAGAUGUAGAGCUUGACGAACAUUAUACAUUGGAAACCCGCAGCAAAUCGAGUGCUCAGACAGGGGAACACGGAGUAGACGAAUACCCUGAUAUCAGUGGGAUCACAACAGCUCGUGAAGCUAUGCGUAAAAUGACCGAAGAAGAUAAACAGAAAAUUCUUCAGCAAGUAGAAUUCUUCAAAAGCGAGAAAUUAAAGUUUGACAGAGAAGUUGCCAAGUGGGACGAUGCUGGUAACGAUAUAAUCGUUCUAGCAAAACACAUGUGCAUGAUUAUGAUGGAAAUGACCGAUUUCACCCGCGGACGUGGGCCGUUGAAAACCACAAUGGACGUGAUUAACGCAGCGAAAAAAAUAUCUGAGGCAGGAACUAAACUGGAUAAAUUAACUAGACAGAUUGCUGAUCAGUGUCCUGAAAGUUCAACCAAAAAGGAUUUGCUUGCCUAUUUACAACGUAUCGCUCUUUACUGUCAUCAAAUGAAUAUCACAAGCAAAGUCAAGGCAGAUGUACAGAAUAUUAGCGGGGAACUGAUCGUUUCCGGAUUGGACAGCGCUACGUCACUCAUUCAAGCCGCCAAGAAUUUAAUGAACGCUGUCGUACUCACCGUCAAAGCGUCUUAUGUCGCAUCCACUAAAUAUCCACGACAAUCGACCGUCACGUAUUCUCCAAUCGUCGUUUGGAAGAUGAAAGCACCGGAGAAGAAGCCGCUCGUUCGUCCCGAGAGACCGGAAGAAGUCAGAGCGAAGGUCAGAAAAGGUUCUCAAAAGAAAGUUCAGAAUCCUAUUCACGCUCUUUCCGAAUUCCAGAGUCCAACAGAAAGUGUUUAGUUUAUAAAAAAAGGUAAGAAUAAAAGCAUAACCAAGCGAUCAGGGUUGAGGUUGACAUUGAAUACGUGAGAAUUAAGUCGAGAAGUCAAUUGAUCCUGAUCGAAAGUAUGUUAAAAUUCUUAACAAUAUACAUUUUUUAACUUAUGUCGAGGAAGGCGAAAAAAAAGAAAAGAGAAGAAAGGAAGACAAAAAUAUACCAUAUUAGUUUAACGGAAUGGAUAUGAUGUACGGUUGGUUUAUAUCACCUAAGAAACUCAUAACAUGUAUUGAACUCUUUGACGCUCUUUCAAUACUUCUUAUCAAAAUCUUUUUUACGGAAUUGGUGGGAAAAGGAAACAUGUGAUGAUUUUCAAAAACAAUCAAUUUUUCCUGUAUAAUAUUUUACAGACCUAAAGUAACUUAUUUAAAUAAUCAACGUACAUUUUAUCAUAAAAAUAGUGAUUAGUAUUAUAUACCAUGAAUAACUAUACUCAGACUUGUAUAGUUAUUUUUUUGAAUAUGACGUUUUGAAACUUUAUUACACUAUAUAAUUACUAUUCACAGCUGCGGCUAAAACUUUUCAUCAAUAAAAAAAAAAUAAAUAAAUAAAUAAUUAAAAACAAAACCAAACAAAAAAAGUUGCAUUACGAAGAAACUAGUGAAUAGUAAAAAUAGCUUUUCAAUUCUCAGACCAAUUUCACACGGGAUUUUCGUUGGAUUUUCAUACAUAUCUCUGUAAUAGAAUAGACUCGAUAAUUAGUAUUUCCAGGUGGUAAUAAAUGCAAGAUCUGUAAAAA